AGGGUGGGUUACCCGACUGCGGGAGCUGUAGGGCUUAAGGUUUCGGGGCGUGUGUGUGUGUUGGGGAGGGCGGGGGGAGGUGGCUGAAGGGACGCGGCGCUUGGUGAGCGCGCCGGGGAAGAGAGGCGAGCAGAGAGUGGAGGAGGAGGAGGCGGCGGCGGCGGGAGCGCUCCCCAGGAAUGUCGCUGCCGCCGCCACCACCGGGGCCGCUGCCGUUGAGGAGGAGACGGAGGAGAACGACGGUGUUAGGAAGAUGAUCCAUAUGAUUUUGAAGACUUUUCUGCACAGAAAUGAGGGAAAUACAAAGAACCAAAUAUAGUUCUGAACUUUGGGAUCUGUAUUUUGAGAUGAUUUUAUUUUCAGAAUGAGAAGUAUAUCUGGUUAUCUUUAUGAAUGUAGAGACAUGAGAAGAGAGUUAUGAUGGCAAAAAACAAAGAGCCUCGCCCCCCAUCCUAUACUAUCAGUGUAGUUGGACUCUCUGGGACUGAAAAAGAUAAAGGUAACUGUGGAGUUGGAAAGUCUUGUUUGUGCAAUAGAUUUGUACGCUCAAAAGCAGAUGAAUAUUACCCAGAACAUACUUCUGUGCUUAGCACCAUUGACUUUGGAGGACGAGUGGUAAACAAUGAUCACUUUUUAUACUGGGGUGACAUAACACAAAAUGGUGAAGAUGGAAUAGAAUGCAAAAUUCAUGUCAUUGAACAAACAGAGUUCAUUGAUGACCAGACUUUCUUGCCUCAUCGGAGUACGAAUUUGCAACCAUAUAUAAAACGUGCAGCUGCCUCUAAAUUGCAGUCAGCAGAGAAACUAAUGUACAUUUGCACUGAUCAGCUGGGCUUGGAGCAAGACUUUGAACAGAAGCAAAUGCCUGAAGGGAAGCUCAAUGUAGACGGAUUUUUACUGUGCAUUGAUGUGAGCCAGGGAUGCAAUAGGAAGUUUGAUGAUCAACUUAAAUUUGUGAAUAAUCUUUUUGUCCAACUAUCAAAAUCAAAAAAGCCUGUAAUAAUAGCAGCAACUAAAUGUGAUGAAUGUGUGGAUCAUUAUCUUAGAGAAGUUCAGGCUUUUGCUUCAAACAAAAAGAACCUUCUUGUAGUGGAAACAUCAGCACGAUUUAAUGUCAACAUUGAGACAUGUUUUACUGCACUGGUACAAAUGUUGGAUAAAACUCGUGGCAAGCCUAAAAUUAUUCCCUAUCUGGAUGCUUAUAAAACACAGCGACAACUUGUUGUCACAGCAACAGAUAAGUUUGAAAAACUUGUGCAGACUGUGAGAGAUUAUCAUGCAACUUGGAAAACUGUUAGUAAUAAAUUAAAAAAUCAUCCUGAUUAUGAAGAAUACAUCAACUUAGAGGGAACAAGAAAGGCCAGAAAUACAUUUUCAAAACAUAUAGAACAACUUAAACAGGAACAUAUAAGAAAAAGGAGAGAAGAAUAUAUAAAUACUUUACCAAGAGCUUUUAACACUCUUUUGCCAAACCUAGAAGAGAUUGAACAUUUGAAUUGGUCAGAAGCUUUGAAGUUAAUGGAAAAGAGAGCAGAUUUUCAGUUAUGUUUUGUGGUGCUAGAAAAAACACCUUGGGAUGAAACUGACCACAUAGAUAAAAUUAAUGAUAGACGAAUUCCAUUUGACCUCCUGAGCACUUUAGAAGCUGAAAAAGUUUAUCAGAACCAUGUACAGCAUCUGAUAUCAGAGAAAAGAAGGGUAGAAAUGAAGGAAAAAUUCAAAAAGACUCUGGAAAAAAUUCAGUUCAUUUCACCUGGGCAACCGUGGGAAGAAGUUAUGUGCUUUGUUAUGGAGGAUGAAGCCUUCAAAUAUAUCACUGAGGCUGAUAGCAAAGAGGUGUAUGGUAGGCAUCAGCGAGAAAUAGUUGAAAAAGCCAAAGAAGAGUUUCAGGAAAUGCUUUUUGAGCACUCUGAACUUUUUUAUGAUUUAGAUCUUAAUGCAACACCUAGUUCAGAUAAAAUGAGUGAAAUUCAUACAGUUUUGAGUGAAGAACCUAGAUAUAAAGCUUUACAGAAACUUGCACCCGAUAGGGAAUCUCUUCUACUUAAGCACAUAGGGUUUGUUUAUCAUCCCACUAAAGAAACCUGUCUUAGUGGCCAAAAUUGUACAGACAUUAAAGUGGAGCAGUUACUUGCUAGUAGUCUUUCACAGUUGGAUCAUGGCCGCUUACGGUUAUAUCAUGAUAGUACCAGUAUAGAUAAAGUUAACCUUUUCAUUUUAGGGAAGGAUGGCCUUGCUCAAGAACUAGCAAAUGAGAUAAGAACACAAUCUACUGAUGAUGAGUAUGCCUUAGAUGGAAAAAUUUAUGAACUUGAUCUUCGGCCAGUUGAUGCCAAGUCGCCUUACUUCUUAAGUCAGUUGUGGACUGCCGCCUUUAAACCACAUGGGUGCUUCUGUGUAUUUAAUUCCAUCGAGUCACUGAAUUUUAUUGGGGAAUUUAUUGGAAAAAUAAGAACUGAAGCUUCUCAAAUCAGAAAAGAUAAGUAUAUGGCUAAUCUUCCAUUUACCUUAAUUCUGGCUAAUCAGAGAGAUUCUAUGAGUAAGAAUCUACCAAUUCUCAGGCACCAAGGGCAGCAGUUGGCAAACAAGUUACAGUGCCCUUUUGUCGAUGUACCUCCUGGUACAUAUCCUCGUAAAUUUAAUGAAACCCAAAUAAAGCAAGCUCUCAGAGGAGUAUUAGAAUCAGUUAAGCAUAAUUUAGAUGUCGUGAGCCCAGUUCCAGCCAGUAAGGAUGUAUCAGAAGCUGACCUGAGAAUUGUCAUGUGUGCCAUGUGUGGUGAUCCCUUUAGUGUGGAUCUUAUUCUUUCACCCUUCCUUGAUUCUCAUUCUUGUAGUGCUGCUCAAGCUGGACAAAAUAAUUCCCUAAUGCUUGAUAAAAUCAUUGGUGAAAAAAGGAGGCGAAUACAGAUCACAAUAUUAUCAUACCAUUCUUCAAUUGGAGUAAGGAAAGAUGAAUUGGUUCAUGGGUAUAUAUUAGUUUAUUCUGCCAAACGGAAAGCGUCAAUGGGAAUGCUUCGAGCAUUUCUGUCAGAAGUUCAGGACACCAUUCCUGUACAGCUGGUGGCAGUUACUGAUAGCCAAGCAGACUUUUUUGAAAAUGAGGCGAUCAAGGAACUAAUGACUGAAGGAGAACACAUUGCAACUGAGAUCUCCGCUAAAUUUACAGCACUGUAUUCUUUAUCUCAGUAUCAUCGACAAACUGAGGUCUUUACACUGUUUUUCAGUGAUGUUCUGGAGAAAAAAAAUAUGAUAGAAAAUUCCUAUUUAUCUGAUAAUACAAGGGAAUCAACCCAUCAAAGUGAGGAUGUUUUUCUACCAUCUCCCAGAGACUGCUUUCCAUAUAACAACUAUCCUGAUUCAGAUGAUGAUACAGAAGCACCGCCUCCUUAUAGCCCAAUUGGAGAUGAUGUACAGUUGCUUCCAACACCUAGUGACCGUUCUAGAUACAGAUUAGAUUUAGAAGGAAAUGAAUAUCCUAUUCAUAGCACCCCAAAUUGUCAUGACCAUGAACGCAACCAUAAAGUGCCUCCACCUAUUAAACCUAAACCAGUUGUACCUAAGACAAAUGUGAAAAAACUGGAUCCAAACCUUGUAAAAACAAUUGAAGCUGGAAUCGGUAAAAAUCCAAGAAAACAGACUUCCCGGGUGCCUUUGGCACAUCCUGAAGAUAUGGAUCCUUCAGAUAACUAUGCGGAACCCAUUGACACAAUUUUCAAACAGAAGGGCUAUUCUGAAGAGAUAUAUGUUGUCCCAGAUGAUAGUCAGACUCGCAUUAUUAAAAUUCGAAACUCCUUUGUAAAUAACACCCAAGGAGAUGAAGAAAAUGGAUUUUCUGAUAGAACGUCAAAAAGUCAUGGAGAAAGGAGGCCUUCAAAAUACAAAUACAAAUCUAAAACCCUGUUUAGUAAAGCCAAGUCAUACUAUAGAAGAACACAUUCAGAUGCGAGUGAUGAUGAGGCUUUUACCACUUCUAAAACAAAAAGAAAAGGAAGACAUCGUGGAAGUGAAGAAGAUCCGCUUCUUUCUCCUGUUGAAACUUGGAAAGGUGGUAUUGAUAAUCCUGCAAUCACCUCAGACCAGGAGUUAGAUGAUAAGAAAAUGAAGAAGAAAACCCACAAAGUAAAAGAAGAUAAAAAGCAGAAAAAGAAAACUAAGAACUUCAAUCCACCAACACGUAGAAAUUGGGAAAGUAAUUACUUUGGGAUGCCCCUCCAGGAUCUGGUUACAGCUGAGAAGCCCAUACCACUGUUUGUUGAAAAAUGUGUGGAAUUUAUUGAAGAUACAGGAUUAUGUACUGAAGGACUCUACCGUGUUAGUGGGAACAAAACUGAUCAAGACAAUAUUCAAAAGCAGUUUGAUCAAGAUCAUAAUAUCAGUCUAGUAUCAAUGGAAGUAACAGUAAAUGCUGUAGCUGGAGCUCUUAAAGCUUUCUUUGCAGAUCUGCCAGACCCUUUAAUUCCAUAUUCUCUUCAUCCAGAGUUACUGGAAGCAGCAAAAAUCCCAGAUAAAACAGAACGUCUUCAUGCAUUGAAAGAAAUUGUUAAGAAAUUUCAUCCUGUAAACUACGAUGUAUUCAGAUACGUAAUAACACAUCUAAACAGGGUUAGUCAGCAAAAUAAAAUCAACCUAAUGACGGCAGACAACUUAUCCAUCUGUUUUUGGCCAACAUUGAUGAGACCCGAUUUUGAAAAUCGAGAGUUUCUGUCUACCACUAAGAUCCAUCAAUCUGUUGUUGAAACAUUCAUUCAGCAGUGUCAGUUUUUCUUUUAUAAUGGAGAAAUUGUAGAAACUGUGAACACUGUGGCUCCUCCACCACCUUCAAACCCAGGACAGUUGGUGGAACCAAUGGUACCGCUUCAGUUGCCACCACCCUUGCAACCUCAGCUGAUUCAACCACAGUUACAGACAGAUCCUCUUGGUAUUAUAUAAGAUGCUGCAGUAAAUUAAAUAUCAGUGAAGCUUCUUCUGUGUAAAGAAUGCUAUGAAUAAAACAUUAAGAAGCUGUGUAAUUUUAAGUUACAGUUGCCUCUAAUUUUACCAUUUCAUUGGUAAAAAGUUUUUUAGGGGGGUGCGUAAAAUAGGAAAAUAAAAAUAAAUUUGUCAAUAUGAUGAAAGUUUUAUUAGGGAGGUAUAUUACUGAGUUUUUACUGUACCAUGAGUGGAGAUCCAAAGUUCAUUUUGGAUAUAUACAUACUGAUGGAGAUGCACUUUUUAAAUGUUCAGGAAAAGAUGGAUUGCUCAGAUUUCUGACUCAGCUGUUACAUGGACCUGAAUUUUGAGCUAUGGCUAGACAUUCUUUUGAGCCACUGGAAAUAUUUUUUGAAGCCCAUUCUAGUUUAUUAGCAGAGCUGCUAACACUGAAGAAUAUACUUUUGUUUUCUCUUCAUGGAUUGUUAAUAUUAAGCCCAGUAUUGUGGAUGUACUCAGAUUCUAUGGAUCUGGUAAAGUUUGUUUAACUUUAGUCUUUGUGUUUGUCUUGAAUUCAGUCAUUUUAAUUAAUUACUUCAGUUUUUAGGCUGAACACUUUCUGAUCUGGGUCAGUGCUUUAUAGGUCUUACUUAAUUUUUUAUUGUAUUUGAACUCUUGGAAUUCUAAGCAGCCAUUUCAAUUUAUCAAAUAUCUGGAAAUAAAAUUUUCUAAGAUUUAAUAGGGGAAAGAAUUACUCUUCUAAACUGAUUUCUCAUGGUAACGUCUGUGUGUAGCAAACUGUACAGGCAUUAUUAUCUCAUACCCAGCAUCUAGCUGUUAGAUAUGCAGGUACCAUGAUCUUCUUAAAGUAGUUAAAAUCUAAUUGUUGAACUUUGGACAAAACAUUCACUGUUAAAGUUGAACCUUAUCAUCCUUUUACCGUGAUUCCAUUUAUCCCCCCCACCUCAUAUUAGUUUUAUUUCUUUGUGAGUAGGUGGGUCUAGGUGGGGGGAUCCAUAGUUAAAUCAUAUCAUUUAAAUCUUAACGUAUUUAAUACUAGUCUUAGAGAAAUCUUUCAGGCAAUAGGAAUGAUUUUGAAAAGCUAAUCAGUGAUAGUCAAAGUUAAGAUUUUUAUUACUAAGUUAAUAUAUAAAGUUAUAAGCCUUAAAAUUAAUACAGUGCUAGCAGUUCAGGUUUAGUCAUUUUACUGAUAGUCUAAGAUUUACAAUAUAUACCCGUGAGUAAUUGUCAUGGAAUUUGUGGAAAUAACGUUUGUAUAUUCCCUCAAUAUAGAUUUUCUAUUCAAUUUUAUUUGCCUCACGUAAAAAUUAUGAACAAUUUAAUAAUGGCUCUCCUGUUCUGAAAGUUUACGUGAUUUUUAGUUAAGAUUCUAUUAGUGUUAUGACCUGUUUUUUCAGAUUUAUUUCUAUUCUGUAUUAAAUCUUACUUCAAUACAGGUGAUAUAGGCUUAACAAUUGACUUAUGUAUUCAUUGCUUUACUAAACCAUCCAAGUUACUUGUAAUUAGGUAUCUAUACUCACAAGAUCAUUUUCUUAUGGCCUUGAACUGAAGGUUUUGUCCUAAUCAUUUAAUGUGUUUUAAGUGCUUGCCAGUUUUUAAAAGAUUUUACCCAUUUUAAAUUUGGAGCUUUCAGUUUUCUUUCUCUUUUCUCUAGAUUUUUGGUAUUUCAUUUUAUUCAAAUAAAUGUCUUUCUAGUU